UGUCUCACUCUAUCACUUGUUAUCAUCGCAAACAAACAACAAUAUAAAUAUAAUUGAAAGUGUCUGCUCACCAGCUGCGCCUUACAUAAUUAAUAAAUCAAGAUGAAUUUCGCCGGAAAAGUCGUGCUAAUCACAGGCGCCAGCUCAGGAAUUGGGGCAGCUGCUGCCAUCAAGUUCGCUAAAUAUGGCGCUUGCCUGGCUCUUAACGGACGCAAUGUAGAGAAUUUGAAGAAGGUGGCUGAGCAAUGCAGCGCAGCUGGUGCACCACAGCCAGCGCUAGUCGUAGGCGACAUUAGCAAAGAGGCGGAUACGGAGCGUGUUUGGAGUGAAACUUUAAAGAAAUAUGGCAAACUGGAUGUGCUGGUCAAUAAUGCCGGCAUUAUUGAGACGGGCAGCAUUGAGAAUACUAGUCUGGAGCAGUAUGAUCGUGUGAUGAAUACUAAUCUCCGUGCUAUUUAUCAUUUGACAAUGCUGGCUACGCCAGAGCUAAUUAAAACCGAGGGCAACAUUGUCAAUGUAUCCAGUGUAAAUGGCAUACGUUCUUUUCCAGGUGUGCUGGCAUAUAACAUAUCCAAAAUGGGCGUCGAUCAAUUUACGCGCUGUGUGGCUCUGGAGCUGGCACCCAAAGGUGUACGUGCCAACUGCGUUAAUCCUGGUGUUACAGUGACCAAUCUGCAUAAGCGCGGUGGCAUGGACGAAGCAACUUAUCAAAAGUUUCUAGAGCACUCGAAGAGCACUCAUGCGUUGGGCCGCCCUGGCACUACAGAUGAGGUGGCAAAUGCAAUUGCGUUUUUAGCCAGCGAUCUAGCCACAUUCAGCACCGGCGUCAGCCUCGCCGUCGAUGGUGGUCGUCAUGCCAUGUGCCCGCGCUAAGUCGACCUACAGACACAAGUCAAAACUCUGCAUUUAAUUAAUAGCUUCCAAUAAAGUUACAUGGAAAUAAGCUUGUAUUUAGAAUUAAC